AGGAAGCAGUUUAUUAAUGCUGGCAAGGACAAACUCCUAUGACAACAAAAUGUUCAGAUGUCCCAAUAUCACAUAACAAUAUACCCUUUUUUUUUUUUUUGGAGAUGGAGUUUCGGUCAAAAAAAUAAAAUGAAAUAAAAAAGUUUUCUUUUAGUUUGAUUACUCUGUGAAACCUGAGGUAUUUAUUAACAAGAACCUAAAAAAACAAGCCCUCAAAUACUUCCUCAUUCACAACAGGGGAAUACACAGACAGAUAAAAGCUAAUAGUUUUAGGAAGGUAUCUGGGGAGACAUAUAGGCCCAUGGGAGCAAAUCCCUGCAGUGGCGGCUCUGAUAAUCUGCAGAGAGCUAGAAGGGAGGUUCUCCCCUCCCCCAGAAAAAUCUAUCCCAAAACCAUAAACUACAUCGCCAAUCCUUGGAAAUACAUAAGGUGGUUAGGGUUAAAGGGUGGCUUCAAAAUGGUUCUAGCAGAAACCUAUUGCGGUUACUGAACUAUUCAAAAUAUUUGCCCAGAGAUAGCUUUUCUGGAUAAAAUAGCUUUAUUCAGAGCCGACAGCAAAAUGGAGUUCAGCAGGGUGGUUCCCUAACAUUCAUUCUUCCCGUUAAAGCAAGCUAAUUAUUUCCAGAUUCGUUUUAGGAAUAAGAGUGGGGGUGGUCCAAUGGCAGUGGGUUAUCAGAACUUAUUAACAUUAGUAUCACUAAAAUUGAUAUGCAACCCCCACUGCUAAAAUUGACAGGCUUAAUUUUUUUUUUUAAAGAAUAAGAAGAGGGACAAAAUAAGUGACAACAAUAUUCAAAUAUAUUCCUGCCUCCUCUAUCCAGUUGGAAAAAUGUAUGCAAAUUUGGAUUUUGAAUCAAAUGCCUUUAACAAGACUACCAAAACUAUCGGAAAUAAACAACCUCUUGGUUUGCAGGUCAGGUUCAGAUGGGUGGAGACACACAUAUAUAGAUAUAUAUAACUCCUUACAAAAUACACUUAUAAACCAUAUAGAUUUGUUAUUUGUCUAAAAUGAAGGAUGAAGGCUGUACCAAAUCUUCAUAGGCUAAUAACUGAAUAUGAACUAUAAAUUUUUAGUGUUUUAGGUUUAACCUUUUUCUUCCUCGUAUACUGGGCAGAUAUUCUGAAUAGUAACAUCAAUACGUUUCUGCUAGGACCAUUUUAAAGCCACAUUUUAAACCUAACCACCUUCUGCAUUUCCAAGGAUUAGCAAUGUGGUUUAUGGUCUUGAAAUAGAUUUUCCAGGGGCGGGGCGGAGGGAGAACUAGUCUACUCCUAUAAUGUGGGCCUCCAAGCACUAAGCUAUAACCAAUUGAUGUAUCUUGACACAAGGCCAAGCCGUCUUAUUUACAAAACUCUUAAGUUGCACAAGGAAUCCCUACUUCCUAACAUCCUUCAGUGUCAAACUAUUUCCUCCCUAUCCAAGUCUUUCCUCACUUCUUCAACUCAGCUACCACCUCUGAAAUGUGUUUUUAAAUCUCCUUUUCAAAAAGCCCCUAGGACUGUUCCAUAAAGUUGAUGGCUUAGAUCUAAAAUUGGGGCCUACUUUGCCCUUUUAACAGCUUCAAUGUUAAAUGCUUGGGCACUACUCUUCGAAUCACUGAAAUACUAUUUGCUUCCAGCGUUUGGUACUCUUACUUUGGAGAACAAGUCAUUACAGUAAACCAUGUACACCUAUUCGGUUUUCUAAAGCUCGCGUUUUUCACAUUAUCAGGUAAGUACCGAAUGCACUGCCUUUAAAGGAACUGAGAAAAUAAAAAGGCAAAACUCACUGACAAACUGUGGCAACAUGAAAUUAAUCAGCUGAGCUAUCCGAACCACAACUUUCUGCAUUUCACGGUGCUUCGUCUUUCAAAUUGUAUGGCUCUCUCAAGUCCUGGGUUUCCUCCGAAUUAAGGCAAGCCUCGUCGCCCAUUCCCCGGUCGGUGUCUUUCCGACUCGCGCCCGCCCCUCGCCAGGCCCUCGCAGCCAUGCGCCGCACACUGCGGUACUGGCGCGCGCGGCCCGCAGGCGCGGCAGACCCCACCCCGCGGCCGCGCGAGGGGAGGGGGCUCGGGGCUCGGAGCCCGCCUCUGCGGCGGCCAGGCCGGGCGCGGAGUGGGCGCGCGGGGCCGGAGGAGGGGCCAGCGACCGCGGCACCGCCUGUGCCCGCCCGCCCCUCCGCAGCCGCUACUUAAGAGGCUCCAGCGCCGGUCCCGCCCUAGUGCGUUACUUACCUCGACUCUUAGCUUGUCGGGGACGGUAACCGGGACCCGGUGUCUGCUCCUGUCGCCUUCGCCUCCUAAUCCCUAGCCACUAUGCGUGAGUGCAUCUCCAUCCACGUUGGCCAGGCUGGUGUCCAGAUUGGCAAUGCCUGCUGGGAGCUCUACUGCCUGGAACACGGCAUCCAGCCCGAUGGCCAGAUGCCGAGUGACAAGACCAUUGGGGGAGGAGAUGACUCCUUCAACACCUUCUUCAGUGAGACGGGCGCUGGCAAGCACGUGCCCCGGGCUGUAUUUGUAGACUUGGAACCCACGGUCAUUGAUGAAGUUCGCACUGGCACCUACCGCCAGCUCUUCCACCCUGAGCAACUCAUCACAGGCAAGGAAGAUGCUGCCAAUAACUAUGCCCGAGGGCACUACACCAUUGGCAAGGAGAUCAUUGACCUUGUGUUGGACCGAAUUCGCAAGCUGGCUGACCAGUGCACUGGUCUUCAGGGCUUCUUGGUUUUCCACAGCUUUGGUGGGGGAACUGGUUCUGGGUUCACCUCCCUGCUCAUGGAACGUCUCUCAGUUGAUUAUGGCAAGAAGUCCAAGCUGGAGUUCUCCAUUUACCCGGCGCCCCAGGUUUCCACAGCUGUAGUUGAGCCCUACAACUCCAUCCUCACCACCCACACCACCCUGGAGCACUCUGAUUGUGCCUUCAUGGUAGACAAUGAGGCCAUCUAUGACAUCUGUCGUAGAAACCUCGAUAUCGAGCGCCCAACCUACACUAACCUUAACCGCCUUAUUAGCCAGAUUGUGUCUUCCAUCACUGCUUCCCUGAGAUUUGAUGGAGCCCUGAAUGUUGACCUGACAGAAUUCCAGACCAACCUGGUGCCCUAUCCCCGCAUCCACUUCCCUCUGGCCACAUAUGCCCCUGUCAUCUCUGCUGAGAAAGCCUACCAUGAACAGCUUUCUGUAGCAGAGAUCACCAAUGCUUGCUUUGAGCCAGCCAACCAGAUGGUGAAAUGUGACCCUCGCCAUGGUAAAUACAUGGCUUGCUGCCUGUUGUACCGUGGUGAUGUGGUUCCCAAAGAUGUCAAUGCUGCCAUUGCCACCAUCAAAACCAAGCGCAGCAUCCAGUUUGUGGAUUGGUGCCCCACUGGCUUCAAGGUUGGCAUCAACUACCAGCCUCCCACUGUGGUGCCUGGUGGAGACCUGGCCAAGGUACAGAGAGCUGUGUGCAUGCUGAGCAACACCACAGCCAUUGCUGAGGCCUGGGCUCGCCUGGACCACAAGUUUGACCUGAUGUAUGCCAAGCGUGCCUUUGUUCACUGGUACGUGGGUGAGGGGAUGGAGGAAGGCGAGUUUUCAGAGGCCCGUGAAGAUAUGGCUGCCCUUGAGAAGGAUUAUGAGGAGGUUGGUGUGGAUUCUGUUGAGGGAGAGGGUGAGGAAGAAGGAGAGGAAUACUAAUUAUCCAUUCCUUUUGGCCCUGCAGCAUGUCAUACUCCCAGAAUUUCAGCUUCAGCUUAGCUGACAGAUGUUAAAGCUUUCUGGUUAGAUUGUUUUCACUUGGUGAUCAUGUCUUUUCCAUGUGUACCUGUAAUAUUUUUCCAUCGUGUCUCAAAGUAAAGUCAUUAACAUCAAAA